AAGCCAGAGCUUGAAGAUGAAACAUCCGUUCCCUCAGUUCCCUCCAAUCCUGGUCAUCUACUGCUUCUGUAUGCUACAGAUCCCCUCCUCAGGAGCUUCUCCACCUUUAGCUGGUCCUCCUGAUGGUUUGGAUGCUGUGGACCCAGAGCGACUGGCACACUUUCUGAACCAGAGGGAAACAUGUUCUAACCAACCUAAGGAAAGCCGGGAUGUAUACAAAAGGUUUUUAUUUCACUACUCCCGAGCUUGGAAGUCGACACAUCCAGUUAACUCCGAGUUUGCUCCCGUCCAUCCAUUGAUGCGCCUGGCCGCCAAGCUUCCCAGCAGAAGGAUGAAAAGACUACCGCGAUUGCUGCACACAGAUUCCAGGAUGGCUACUAUAGACUUCCCUAAGAAGGAUCCUACCACCAGCUUGGGGCGGCCAUUUUUCCUUUUCAGGCCUAGGAAUGGAAGAUACACUGACAAAGUCCAGUAGACGGCAAGAAUCCUAUGUCAC